AUGUUUCGAUUAACUUGCGAUACUGGGAUCCGGCUCGUUUUGGCUCCAAAAUAUCUGGAUGAAGUCCGAAGCCACCCGUCAUUGAGCUUUAGUCGCCUGCUGCAGGCAGAAACUCAUGCCCAUAUCCGGGGAUUUGAGCCCUUCAGCGAAGACGGAGAUCUAUUUUUGGAAGUGAUUCGUAAGAAGCUUACUCAAGCCCAGGACUGGCAUGAAGUCGCUUUAUAUCCCACAAUCCAAAAGCUUGUGGCCCAGAUGUCGUGCAAAAUCUUUCUGGGCGACGAGCUAUGUCGAAACGAGGACUGGCUUCGAGUCAUGACGAGCUACACUGGGCUUGUUAUACAGGGAGCUGCAGAGCUGCAACUAUGGCCCAAGAUUGUCCGCCCAGUUGUGGCCCUGCUUUUGAACUCUACGAAUACUCUCAGAAACGAAGUUCAGAUGGCGCGCGAGAUCAUGAAGCCAAUACUCGCGCAACGGGCGCGAGAGAAGGAAAUGACGGUAAAAUAUGGCCGGGUUCCAAAGCCUAAUGACAAUGCCCUGCAGUGGAUGGAAGAUAUUGCAGAUGGUCGACCUUUUGACCCUGUAGUCAUGCAGCUGUCACUUGCCACGGUGGCUAUCGUUACCACCGCUGAUUUUCUCACGAAAGCUUUAUUGGAUAUCUGUGGGAAGGACGCGUUGGUUUCGGAGCUGAGGGAGGAGAUGAUAACGGUGUUGCGCGAAGAUGGAAUGGAGAAGACAUCGAUGUAUAAGCUGCGGCUUAUGGACAGUUUCCUGAAGGAGUCACAGCGGUUGAAACCUUUGAGUCUCGCUACGUUCCGGCGCAUGGCCAUGGAUGACAUUGAGCUGAAUGACGGAUCCAAGAUUGCAAAAGGAACCGGGUUGAUGAUCACCAAUGACAAGAUGUGGGAUUCGAAGGUUUACGAGGACCCUGAGACAUUUGAUCCGUAUCGCUUCGUGAAACUGCGACAAGUUCCAGGCUAUGAACGGUCUGCUUCGUUGGUCUCGGUCUCCCCUGAGCAUAUGGGGUUCGGGUAUGGAACCCAUGCUUGUCCCGGGCGGUUCUUUGCUGUCAAUGAGGCCAAGAUCGCGCUGUGCCAUAUACUGCUGAAGUAUGAGUUCAAACUUGCAGAGGGGAUGAUUCCUCAGUUCAAGAGACAUGGAAUUGUGAUACAGACCGAUAUGUCAGCAAGGAUUAUGGUGCGUCGUCGGCCGGAAGAGGUCUCGUUCUGA